GACAAAGCUCGCACCUGCCACCGGUCUUCCCAGAGCAAUCGGAACAUGAGCUAUCCCGUAAUAAUAUACCCUGAAGGUGUUCAGCGACCGAUGGUUGCGUUCGGAUCCUCGGGCAUCAUCUUUCGCGACUCGUGCAAUGAUACCGAAGUCCUGAAAUGCCCUCUGCGCCAUGACUUGAGUAAAUGCAGCGAAGAGACUGCUCUGUCUAUGCGAGAGGAAGAGGCCUUUUCCUCUAUGAGUAUCGAGCGAGAGAUGUUGAUCUACCAAUCUCUUCCCAAACACAGUCACGUUCUUGACUGCAUCGACAUAACCGAGAAGGGUAUCCGCUUGCCCUAUAUGCGCCAUGGCAAUCUCCGAGACUACAUCCGCAAGAACCACGCGCACGUAGACAAUGCGACCAAGGACACCUGGAUCCAGAAUGCAGUUCGCGCCCUGCAAUUCAUUCACAGCCACUCCGUGAUCCACGGAGACAUCAGCGCGCGCAACUUCCUGGUGGCGGAUGACCUCUCACUCAAGCUGUGUGACUUUGCCGGCUCGGGCAUCGGCGACAUGCCGCCGCUGGUCACGGAAGAGGACCGGUAUAGACUGUCUCCUGAGUCCCCUCGAUCCAUUCAGACCGAUCUGUUUGCCCUGGGCUGUCUGAUCUUCGAGAUCGUGGCCGGGUACCGCCCGUAUGAGGAAAUCGGUGACGAUGAUUGGGAGACAAUUGCACAAAACUACUCUCGGGGAAUAUUUCCGCCGGUGGAGGGUAUUCGAUAUGGAGACAUCAUUCAUCAGUGCUGGACCUCCCGAUACACCAAGGCUGAUCAGGUUCUCGCGGACAUUGAGAAUGUCAGCUAUGCAAAGAGUGUGAAUGCAAAUGCCAGGGAGCGCACUCUCCGUUCUGUUCCUAGGGUGGCAGAAUCUGCCUAA